AUGUCAGAGCUGAAAGAAAUCCUCAUCAUCGGCGGUACUGGCGCUCAGGGAAGACCAGUUGUCAAGGCUCUCGCCGAAACCAAGCGAUACAGCGUCAGGAUUCUCACCCGUAACGUUGAUAACGCCCGCGCAAAGGAGCUUGCCGCUCUUCCCAACGUCACCCUCAUCCAGGGUCGACAAGACAGCCAGCAUGAUCUCCACCGGGCGUUCAAGGGUGUCUACGGCGCAUGGGUAAACACGGACGGCUUCACUCUGGGCCAGAAGAGUGAGCUCUUCUACGGCAUCCGCGCGUACGAGAUUGCCAGGCACGAAGGUGUUCGGCAUUACGUCUGGGCGGGUACCGAUUAUGCACUGAAGAAGUCGGGAUGGAACGAGAAGUACCAUUGGGGUCACAACGAUUCCAAAGGAAGAGUCACGGAUUUCAUCUUGGCCCAAGGCCAGGACGGCAUGAAGAGCUCCGUCGUCACGACAGGUCCCUACAUGGACAUGCUCCUGGAUGGAAUGUUUCCGCCGACAGAGCAACCGGAUGGUUCUUUUCUCUGGGUGAACCCCGCCAAGGACGGCAAAAUCCCGCUUAUCGCCCUCGAAGACAUUGGCAUCUACAGCCUCUGGCUCUUUGACAACCUCAACGAGUCCGCGGGCCUGAACCUGGAAGUGACGACCGACGAAGUCAGCUUCGCCGACAUCGCGAGGAUCUUCACCGAGGUGACAGAAAAGAAGGGCGUUCACAAGAGUGUAUCGUUUGAGGAGUACGCGCCGCUCGCGGAGCCGUACCCGGGUGCCUAUGUUAACUUUUCCGUCGGUCCGGAAGUUGCUCGGGACGAGUCGGAUAUGACCUGGAGACAGAACUUUGGAGCGUGGUGGCGGUUCUGGGGAGAGGGCAUCGUCAAUAAGAGGGACUUGAAGUUGUUGGAUCGCAUUCAUCCUGAUCGUAUUCGGACCCUGGCUGAGUGGAUGCGGAAGACUGGUUGUGGUUCUAAAGGAGAAUCUUUUCAAUCUUACCCAGAUCUUUGCCUCACGUUUGACGAAAUCCCGGGCCUCAUCCCACCUGAACACUCUGCGGCUCUCUACUAUCUUCAACCCAAAGACUUCAACCUCAAUCUCUCAUGGGGUGAAUACUAUAGAAAGUUGGAGCCUUUCGAUUGUGUAGCCAAAAAGUUGAUCGACGUCUUUGAUUACUCCAUCCAAGAGCUCAAAGAAGGCAUCGAACCCAAAGUCAUGAGACUGAGACACGACACCGUUGGAGACGAUGAUCCUGAGCCAGAUGCCUCCUUCUGGGAUGAUUUCUUUGAGCGAGUGCUUGGUAAUAUUGGCCAUGAGGCUGAAAAGUUUGGCAUGACCUCUUUAGACGUCAUGUGGAUUGUUUACUUAUACGCCAGUGCUUGGGAAAGUACGCCUCUGUCGUACAGAGCCAAGCAGGCGGGGUACUGGCGCAAGACGAAUAUUCAUUACUUGCAUGAUUUGCUGCCUGAGUGGGUUGAGAUGUUGAAGACUAAAAAGUUGAAGUGGGCAACUGUCUUUGGCGUGUUGUUUGGAAUUGGGCGAUGA